UGAAUGCCAAUCCAAUCCAUUCCAAUUUCCAAGCACGCCCACGAGAGGGAAGCAAUGAAUCUUGAAUCGGUACUGAGUCCAGCAGCACUACCGUGGAGCUACCUCGCCUGCGGCCUCUUGAGCUUGGCGCUCCUAGUCCUAUGGCCAACCACCCGGCUGCUAGAGCAGCUAUGGUGGCGGCCGAGGCGCCUGGAACGGGCUCUUCGCGCCCAGGGCCUUCGUGGGACGUCCUACAGUUUCCUCCUCGGCGACAUGAGCGACUACGGCAGGCAAAACAAGGAGGCAUGGUCCAAGCCCCUGCCGCUGCGCUGCCACGACAUCGGCGCACACGUCAUGCCUUUCCUCUACAGAACCGUCCAGGAGCACGGCAAGCAGUGCAUCUCCUGGUUCGGUCCGGUUCCCAAGGUGAGCAUCACCGAUCCUAACCUGGUCAGGGAGGUCAUGUCCAACAAGUUUGGGCACAUCCAGAAGGUCAAGUUCCCGGCGCUGUCCAAGCUCCUCGCCGUGGGCGUGGCCACCCACGAGGGCGAGAAAUGGGUCAAGCACAGAAGGAUACUCAACCCUGCGUUCCAUGUCGAGAAGCUCAAGGUACCUACCUACCUGCAGGUUGCGCCUCUUUUUGAUAGCCGUUGUGGCAAGUGUGUGACUAAUUCGCUUGAUUUGCAGAUCAUGUUGCCCGCCUUCUCUUUGUGUUGUGAAGAGCUUGUUAACAAAUGGACACAGUCCCUUGGUCCCGACGGCUCGUGUGAGGUGGAUGUUUCCUUAGAACUCCAGAGCCUCACCGGAGAUGUCAUCUCACGCACCGCAUUCGGCAGCAGUUAUCUCGAAGGAAGAAGGAUUUUUCAACUCCAGUCUGAGCAGGUCGGGCGGUUCAUGGCAGCCAUUCACAAGAUUAUGAUUCCCGGUUACAUGUCCUUCCCUACUAAAAAUAAUCGAAGGAUGCGUCAAAUUAACAACGAGAUAGAGUCCAUUCUACGAGGUCUAAUUGGGAAAAGGAUGCAAGCUAUGCAAGGAGAGAGCACAAACGAUGACUUACUCGGCUUAUUGCUGGAGUCAAACAAGACAGACAUGAAUGAAAAUGGCCAAUCCAUUCCUGGAAUGUCCAUAGAAGAGGUAAUAGAGGAGUGCAAGUUGUUCUACUUUGCAGGAAUGGAGACGACAUCAAUAUUACUCACAUGGACGAUGGUCGUACUUAGCAUGCACCCAGAGUGGCAGGACCGUGCAAGGGAGGAGGUUCUUGGCCUAUUUGGAAAACAUAAGCUUGACUACGAGGGUCUUAAUCGACUCAAAACCGUGACAAUGAUUCUUUAUGAAGUUCUCCGGUUGUACCCACCGGCUAGUGCGUUCACCCGACAGACAUACAAGGAGAUUGAGAUCGGAGGCGUCACAUACCCGCCUGGCGUGAUUUUCGAGAUGUCCGUGCUGCACAUCCACCACGACAAGGACAUCUGGGGAGACGACGUGCACCAAUUCAGGCCCGAUAGGUUCGCGGAGGGGAUCUCCAAGGCGUCCAAGGAACCGGGAGGAUUUUUCCCUUUCGGAUGGGGGCCACGGAUCUGCAUCGGUCAGAAUUUUGCACUGCUUGAGGCCAAGAUGGCAUUGUGCAUGAUUCUUCGGCGUUUUGAGUUUGAGCUCGCCCCGUCGUAUACACAUGCGCCACAUACCGUAAUGAUGUUGCGUCCCAUGCAUGGUGCUCAAAUUAAGCUACAGGCGACCUCUUCGUAGUAGUAUCACCAUAUACACAUAUUUCAGAACAUAUUUGUUUUUGAGAAUGAUUCACUCUACAUGUAUCAUAUGCACUCUUAUCUUGGCCAUGUAAAAAGGCUUUCCUUGCCUUCUAUCGUAAUAAAGGUCCAACAUGAUUUAGGGCCAUGAUAACUCA